AGGUAAAAAUUGGCAGGAAACAAAUGGCAACAUUAAUUUCUGUGUAAAUGCGCUUAUCUCUCUCGCCUCACUCUAAACUUCCUUGAGAGCCUCAAACCUUCACCUCGAUCCCAUCGACCAAAAAAGAAGCAAACUCUCUAUACUCUAAGAAAAACCCAAAAUCUCUCUGUUUAGGGAAGAAAAAGAGUUAAUUAAUUGAUUUGGGAUCAAACAAUGUUGUGUAGAGGGACGUUUCAAGCUGGCAAUGUCGCCAUUGGAGAUCAUAAUCAGUGUUCCAAGAGAUUUUUCAAUUCAGUUUCAAUUGGGUGUAGAAAAUCGCUUGUUUCAUCUUGUUCGGUUGGGGCGAGGUCUGGUCUGGUGCUGGCGGUAGCUACUAAUGAGACGACUAAGAGUAAGCAGAUGGCGUAUGAGCCGAGUCUUGCGGAUCGAUUGAGGUUGGGGACUGUGUCGGAGGAUGGAAUGUCGUAUAAGGAGAAGUUUAUUGUUAGGUGCUAUGAGGUUGGGAUUAACAAAACUGUAACUGUUGAAACUAUCGCCAAUCUCUUGCAGGAGGUUGGAUGCAACCAUGCUCAAAGUGUUGGAUUUUCAACGGAUGGAUUUGCAACUACCCAUAGCAUGAGAAAAUUACAUCUUAUAUGGGUUACUGCUCGCAUGUACAUUGAGAUCUAUAAGUACCCUGCUUGGAGUGAUGUUGUUGAAAUAGAGACUUGGUGCCAAAGUGAAGGCAGGAUUGGGACUAGACGUGAUUGGAUUCUCAAAGACUGCGCUACUGGUGAAGUCAUUGGAAGAGCAACCAGCAAGUGGCUCAUGAUGAACCAGGACACAAGACGGCUUCAAAAGGUCACUGAUGAAGUUCGUGAUGAGCUGGAGCUCUAUUUUCCAAAAGAACUGAGGUUAGCUUUUCCUGAGGAGAAUAAUGGCAGCCUAAAGAAAAUAGCAAAACUUGAAGAUCCCGCUGAGUAUUCGAAGCUAGGAAUGGUGCCACGAAGAGCUGAUCUGGACAUGAAUCAGCAUGUAAACAAUGUCACUUACAUUGGAUGGGUACUUGAGAGUAUUCCUCAAGAAAUCAUUGAUACACAUGAACUGGAAACAAUUACAAUAGAUUAUAGGCGUGAGUGUCAGCAGGAUGACGUUGUUGAUUCCCUUACAAGCGUUGAACCUAUUGAGGAUGCUGAUGCUUUAGAGAGUCACGGAGCUAAUGGAUCUGCUACUGCUCCAAAGGAUGUAAACAAGAGCUUCUUGCAUUUGUUGAGAUUAUCAAGCGAUGGACUUGAAAUAAAUAGGUGUCGAACUGAAUGGAGAAAGAAGUCUGCUAGGAUAUAAGAUUCCAUGUGUUCUAUUGUUCAUUGUAGCACAAGUACUCGGUGGAGGAGCUCCCUUUUGUUUCUUCGUUUUCCUACUUUUCGUGUCUGUCUCUUUUCUUGUCUUUCUGUAGUUUUUAUUGCUUCCCUUCUUUCUUUUUCUUUUUCCUAGAGCUCUGGAUAGAUGUUUGAGAUGAGGCUUCAUUGAUUUGUACUAAUGUUUUAGUUAUGCAAAUAAACAGGAUGAGGAAAUUAGUGUGCUAGUUUGGGAACAGAUUAUUUGUAUCAUAUAAUUUAUGACAUGUAUCUCCUGCUUGUUUGCUGCUUA